GUCACGUUGACCCCGGUGAAUCUGAGUUUGAGACAGCGUUACGGGAAACAACUGAGGAAGCAGGUCUCCAGAAAUCACACCUCGAGAUCAUAGAUAAUUUCAAAAAAACAUUACAUUAUCCUGUGAAGGGAAAGUCAAAAAGAGUUGUAUACUGGCUGGCAAAAAUGAAAGACCCUGAAAUGUCUGUGACUCUGUCAGAUGAACACAUUGACUUUAAGUGGUUGAAACUGGAUGAGGCAAAUAAACUCAUAACACAAUUUAAAGACCUGCAAACAGUUCUAGAUGAAACAGAUGAAUUCCUACAAA